AUGGGGAGCUGGGAGGAUGUGAUGCAUCAGGGCAAGUUUAGUAUUAAAAAAGCUUACAAGCUCCUUCAAGGUGAAAAGCGGAAAGUGAGCUGGAGAAGACUUAUCUGCAACAAUAGAGCAAGCCCAAAAAGCAAGUUCAUUGUUUGGUUAGCUGUCCAAAAUAGACUUCCUACUACUGAUAGAAUUAGUAGAUGGAAUGUUGCAUGUCAAUGGCAAUGUAGUUUAUGCUCUAAUUACAAUGAGUCCACCCAACAUCUCUUCUUUGAGUGCAGAUACUCUGCGAAAGUGCGGAUGGGUUUGUUACAACAGAUUGGUAUUAACAGGAAUGCAGGUCCUUUUGAUGAAGAAUGCAGAUUAGUGUGUACCAAGGCUCACAGUAACAGCAUGAAGGCAAAGAUUUAUGUGAUGAUAUUUUCUGAAGCAAUUCAUACUAUCUGGUGUCAAAGAAACAAUGUAAUCUUUGCUAAUACCUACUGCUCACCCUCUGUGCUGAUUAAACAAGUACUCUUCCAAGUUGCUUGCAAUUGUAAUGAGGCUGAGAGGAAGAUCUUAGUGCAGUAUGUUGUGUUUAUCUGUUGUCUUUUUCUCCUAGUUGUAUUCGGGAGAUUUGCUCUAGUUUGA